AUCUCUUCAGUAUCUCAAUUAUCUUAUCGACAUCUCUCCUGUCUUCUCUCUUACAGGGAACUUAUAUAAAAGAUGGCUAAGUUUCAGGUUGUCACCCUCUUUCUCCUGGUAACCCUCCUCCUCUCUUCCACCGCGAUAACCUACGCCGCUCGCCACGAGCCAGGCUUUUCUAAUGGCUCCUCCGCCGCCAAGGACCAACUACAGGGUGUUGAUGGAACAGAGAUGGUAGAAGAGAGCUGUGAUGGAGAUGGAGAAGAAGAGUGCUUGAUGAGAAGGACACUUGCUGCUCAUAUAGAUUACAUCUACACCCAGAAGCAUAAUCCAUGAGAGUGUUAAUUAUUUUAUUGUGUGAUUAAUUACUACAUAAUAUAUGGAUCAUGAUGUGAUUAUCAGUACAAGAUACGUUUUGGCUUGCUUUUCA